AUGGAGCCUUCUGUCUCUUUUGACUCUCUCCCUCUCCAGAAGGACGGUCCACACGGCAAUGCCUGGGGCCUUUUUGGUCCAACGGACCAGCUACGUAUGCUGAAUCGCCUCACACCCGAGACAACGAGAGAAGCAGCAAAAGAAAUCAUCGAUGGGGUCCGCAUAUCCACCGACUGGUCACUGAACAGUAUGCAAAAACCGUGUUUUGGCCGUCCAAAACUCGAACACGUCGUGAAGAACAAAGCCCCGCGAGCUGUGAACGAUGAUAGCCUUUCUUUCAACACGCAAAUUAGCUCUCAGUGGGACGGAUUCCGGCACUACGGCUACCAGAAUGAGAAGAUCUACUUAAACGGGUGUACUCUGGAGGAGAUCCAAACUGAGGAUAGAAACGGGAUUCAUGUGUGGGUUGAAAAUGGGGGGAUUGUAGGACGCGGCGUUCUCCUCGAUCACUCCUCCUGGGCGGAAGCACAGGGGAUAUCAAUCAACUGCUUCGCUACCACAUCCAUCCCUGUCUCGACUCUAAAGGCCAUCGCCGCUUAUCAAGGAACAUCAUUCAAAAGAGGAGACAUCCUAUUUAUCCGCACAGGCUGGACCCGUGCCUUUGAAAAGCUGUCCGCAGAACAGUGCCAAGAGCUCGCCGAUCACAAGAUCCCACCAGCUAUUGGUGUUGAAUCAUCCGAAGACACCCUGCGCUGGAUCUGGGAUGAAGGCUUCGCAGCUGUUGCGGGAGACAUGCCCAGUUUUGAAGCAUGGCCGUGUCAGAAUACUGAAUUCUGGUUGCAUGAGUGGUUGCUAGCAGGCUGGGGCCUCCCCAUUGGAGAGUUGUUUGAUCUGGAUCGAUUAAGCCAAGAGUGUCGGAAGAGGAACCGAUGGAGCUUCUUCUUCAGUAGUGUUCCGUUGAAGGUGCCUGGUGGAGUUGCUAGUCCACCUAAUGGUGUUGCCAUCCUCUGA